UCAUCUCAGCAUCUCAGCUAGAAAGCAUGGAUCAUCAGUAUGUGCCACAUAAAAUAUCAUUAUGGGAUAUGAAACACUUUAACAUCCGUGUAGGCAUAGGUACACUUUACAGUAUCUAUGCCUACACUGUACUGUACGCCGUGAAUAAAGCUGCUCAAGAUAAGUGCCAAUGGAGAGUUUGUUGACUGGUCUUCUCUUGUUGGUCUCUACUCACUAUCUCCUGGUGGAUGCUCAAGCUGAUGGGGUUAGCUUUAGUCUGAGGGGAGAGAGCUACUCACACAAUGACCUGGUCAAUAUAGAGGGUAUAGGGACUGGUGAUAAUGGCCUCAUAGCUGCCACUACAUACAGGCCUUGCUGUACUGGCACUGGUAACUGGUUCUUGCCUGGAGCAAGCACAGCACUAAGCUCACAGGUAGCUCAAAGCUUCUAUCAGAGCAGGAGUGCGAAUGGAGAGUUGGUGUUGAAUAGAGGGGACUUUGUACCUAACACAGCAGGUCUGUUCAGAGUCAAUAUCCCCAACACUAGUGGUGGCCUCACUGAUGUCUAUAUUGGCCUCUACACCAACACUGGAGGGGAGCCCACUGUGACUAGCCUCACAUACAACGCCUCCACACUCACCUUAACCUGUUUGUCCAGUGGGGGGCCGGCCACUACUGUCGUGUGGCGUAGGAACUGCUCCCCCCUCACAAUAGGCACACCCUCACAGAGCCUCACAGACAGUAUUGCGGGGGCGUACACCUCCACCCUCACACUUCUCACACCAGCUAAAGACGGUGUCUACAGCUGUACAGUGGAGAAUAGGAGAGGGAGAUCCAGUAGCACAGUCACUGUCGGAGCUGUUACCUUUGAUGUCACCAUCACUCCAAGUGAAGCUACACCCAUCGCUGGUCGACUUUUGACCCUCACCUGCAGCCACAACAGUAGUGAGGACCCCGCCUCUGUCAGCUUCCAAUGGUUGGACACACAGGGGACACCUAUCAGUAAUGACUCCACUUUGACUUUUGACACACUGAGAGAAAGUCAGCGAGAGUACUAUUGUGUGGUUACCGUGGGAACUGAAGUCAGCUGUGGCGAGUAUUAUAGUAAUGUACAAGUUCCUGUGUUUGGUGUUGGUAUCAGUGAUGUUUCUGGAACUGUUAGCAUGGCAAUAACACUCACCUGUACCUUCUCCGACUCCUCUGUUACCAUGGCAAUGUACUACUUCUUCAAAAGGGGUGUUUCCGUGGGUAGUAGCUCCACCCACAUGUAUACCAUCCCCAUGGCUCGGGUGUCUGAUGCUGGGAAUGACUACACGUGUCAGGUGGUCAUAUCUCUGGAUUACCUUGACCUCUCCAGUCCCCUCACUCUGAGCAGCAACCAACCAGCCACCUUAUCAUUGAAAAUCCAAGAUCCCAAUGUUGCUAUCAGUGUGUCCCCCUCCACCCCCUACACCAGCGGGGAUGCUACUAUCAGCUGUAUCACCACCAUUAACACGCCUGGUGUUGACGCUAUAAUUAAAAUGCUAAGAGUGGAGAACAGUGUAGAAACAGAGGUGGUCAGCACAACAAAGAUAGCAGCAGGUCCAGUCAUGGAGAUCAUUAGUGAUUUCGUCUUCCAACGAUUCUACUCCUACUCUCCUGCUAGUAGGAUUGCAGACUCUGGUAGCUAUGUGUGUGAGGGGACCAUCACUCCUGAAGAUACCGGACUAAGGUCCUUUAUCACUGAUGGUACUAGCAGGUCCACAGUCACAGCCAUUGAUGUUGUUGAUCCAAUACUGGACAUUGCUGUCACCAUGGUAACUGGUCGUAUACUAGACAUACCUCCGUACAACACCUAUGUUCUCACUUGCACGGCUUCAUCAAGAGUUCAAAGUACACUCACGGCCAUCAACAAGACGAUAGAGUGGAGUGUAUUCUUUAACAGUGGAGCUGUUACCAUAGUAACAGAGGGGGUGGUGACUAAUGACCUCACCAUGGCAACUAGUUCCAGCGUCCUGAGUAUAGCAACAAGUGUGUCUGGAGAGUAUGAAUACAGGUGUGGUAGCCAACUAGAGCUGAUGGGUGUGGCUGACAGUGUGGAGGGGGCGGGCACAUCAAGUGUCACUGUGUAUGGCCCCUCCUCUCCUACCACGCCCAUGUCACUGACUGUAUCCAUGGUGAACCAUCAGUCGGCUAGCUUCGAGUGGGUGGUGAUGACUGUUGCCUAUGACAACGAGAGUUACAUAGUGACAUAUGGCCUCGACUCUAAUGACCUCAGCAUCUUCAGUGCCACUCAACCUGGCUCCAGUGACAUCAGCCUCACCAAUAGUGUGUACAGUAUAUCUGUAGGGGGUCUACAAGUGAAGACAAGGUAUUAUUAUCGUGUGGUGUCUACCAACUCAGCAGGCAGUACCCAAUCAGAGCUGGCCACCUUCAACACCACUGGUGUUGGUCCGACUGCUCCCCUCUCCCUGAGCUAUAUUAUGACCACACCCACUAACCACACCUUCUCUUGGCUUCUUCCCAACGAUACUGAUGUUACUGUAAACCAAUACACACUCACCUGCCAAGGAACACUCCGGAAUGGGGACCCUCUGGAUACUGUCAUCAUAGUAACCGUCAUGACCAGUGUGAACUCUGACCUCGUCCCAUGGGCCAACUACACAUGCUUUGUAGUUGCUAGUGACAAAGAUGGCUCCUCCCCUAGUAGCAACAAGAUCAGUUUCAUCACUCCUGAAACAGCUCCUAGUGGACCCCCUGGUAACUUUUUAGUUGGUUUGAAUCCUACCGGAGGGAUGAUACCAUUCACCUGGACUUCACCACCUUCUAACCAAAGAAAUGGAUUCAUCAUUACAUACUCUCUGGAGUGUAGUGCAGGACCAACAGAUACCGUUGUCACAGUGUUCCCGCCAUCUCCUAGCAACCAGUACACGGCCAUCAACUACUCUGCCCUCACUACCUACACUUGUAGUGUACGAGCUAGGAACAGUAAGGGGGAGGGGCCACCAGCCACACUAGACGUUACCACAGGAGAGGAUGUUCCUGGAGCUCCUCCGAUGUCGUUCACUGCCACCGCUCGUACUGACGGGACGGUGCUCUUUAAUUGGAGUCCACCCCCCUUGGCACAACAAAAUGGCGUCCUCACUGACUACAUUUUGACCUGUACCCCGCCACUUUCCUUCAACUAUGGUCCUAACGAGGUGGGCGGGACUGGUGAAGGGUUUUCUCCUGCUACACGCUACACAUGCACACUCACUGCCAGCACAGCAAUCGGAGAUGGUCCAUCAGCCAGCGUAACCGUAGUAACAUUUCCGUCAAUACCAGCUGUGAGUGUUAUCUCUCUAUCAAGUACUCAGCUGGGGGUCAACUGGACCACACCCCUUAAUGCACUCAUCACAGAGCAUAUUAUAUAUCGGGAUGGAGUGGAGUUUGGCCGCUCCCAGGGGUCAGAGUUUAUUAUCAGUGGUCUACGCCCAUACACCGAGCAUAAUGUGGGGGUCAGUGCUAGUAACGAGGCAGGAGAGGGGUCAGUCAGCGAGGGACAGAUUGUCAGGACACUAGAGGAUUUGCCUGGGCGUGUGGAGUGUGCCCCUCGCUGGGUGUCUAGCUCCUCCACUUUUGUCACUGUACGUUGGGCCCCCCCCACUCAAGAGAACGGCAUCACCCUCGCCUACCACAUCCGAUUGGUCCGUUAUGGCAACUCUGACUCCACCCCCCUGGCCGAGGCUAACAUGACUAGCUCUGAUAGAGAGGUGACACUAACCCCCCGUGAUGACUUGGUAGGGGGUGUGCCCUACACUGUCCAGGUAGUAGCUGAGAAUAGCAUCGGACGUAGUACUGAGAUAUGCCAAUCCAUUGACUUCAUUGCUCAACUUGAGCCCCCGUCCCCCUCUAGCCUGGGGGUCUCACGUACUGUUGAUACUAUAACACUGUCCUGGGAUGUGCCUACUCUACUGGAGGCUAGAGGCUAUGUUAGCUACACAGUGACCUUUGGACCCAGCGUGGGGGCCCGCAGGAGACGACAGACACCUGAUGAAUGUAGCCUGUCACCUUGUAAUGUCCCCGUGGAGAGAGGGGGUGUGGUCAUCAGUGGCCUAGACCCUGGAACGAACUAUGACCUCACAGUUACACCAUCCAAUGAGGACAACAUUACUGGAGUGGCUGCCACGGCAACAGCUCCAACUACAGUGAAUACACAACCCACAAAUCCCCCACCCACCUGUUCUGACCUGAUUGCUCUGACCAAUGGAAUGAUCAGUUACAACAUGGGACCUGCUAGUAGUCCGAGACCAGUGAACACUGUGGCCACCUACACCUGUGACACUGGCUACACUCUUGAUGGAGGCACUACCAGGACUUGUGGGAGUUCUGGAGUGUGGAGUGGGUCAGCUCCAACGUGUCAGCCAAUCUGCUCUGACUCACCCUCUCUGCCUAAUGGAGUCAUUUCCUAUAAUGGUGGAUCCACUGACAUCAGACCUAUCAACACCAUAGCUACACACAGCUGCAACACUGGCUACACUCUCAAUGGAGACAGUGUCAGAGUGUGUCAGAAUGAUAGAACAUGGAAUGGCUCACCUCCAACUUGUCAAGUUUCCUGUGGCCCCCCUCCCUCUAUUACCAAUGGGUCUCCUGAGACACCUACCAGCACAAUAAUUGGAGGAGAGGCGACCUAUAUCUGUGACACUGGAUUAAUUCUGAUUGGCUCUGAUACCAUCACAUGUUUGAGUACUGGAAACUGGAGCAGCUCACCAUCUUGCCAGAUCCCUCCCCCUGUGUACUUGUCCCUCUCCUCCACGAACUACUUGUCUGGGCUCUCUGAGAUCCCCCUGUCCUCUGUGGGAGAGGGGAGUGGCCUCGUCUGUCAUACUGACCGUGCUGGCUGCUGUGAGGGUGGCACUGGAGAUUGGUACUAUCCUAACGGCUCUAUUGUUAUGGAGGAUGGAGUGUUGUAUGUUAGCAGAGGUCAGAUGAGUGUCAGUCUGAUGAUGAGUGGAACAGCUACUGCUGCUGGUGGCCUCUACUGCUGUGUGGUGCCUACCAGUGGAGGGAUGAGCACAGCGUGUAUUGUGUUAGCCUCUACUAAAGAGAGAUUUCUCUGUCAGUGUGACAGCACUGGUGCUGUGGUGGGAGGAGUGAUGGCCCUGGUAGCAAUGGUGGUGAUUGCAGUGACUGUAGUGAUGGUGACCUACCUAGUGCUCCGGUACAAGAGAGGAGGGAAAAUGACUGUUCCUCGAGAUAUCCCCCUUACUGACCAGGGUCAAAGUGCAACUGCUACCUACGAGACCGACCCUGCCACUUACGAGGAGAUCCCAGCCUCCAGAGAGGUCAAAGAUGACUACAGCUACUCACAGAAUGAUGCCUACUUGACUGUGAGUGGGAGUGAGGCUGAAGGAAUAUACGAUAACUGAACUAUCACAUGACUCAAACUCAUUCAUCAAAGUUAAUUGUUUAGCUAGCUCAUGCAUAGCAUGCAGAUAUACGUAAAUCAACCCCUCCCCUUCUCACAAUGUUUCUCAUCUCAAAAAAUUUGAGUACUGACAAAAAUAUAAUGUUAUUUUAUG